GCUUCGAGGUGUGUCCAUAGAACUGUGCAGCAGCCCAUGGGCCCCUCAGCAGCUCUGGGCCCCGGUCACAGGAUCGCGCCCCUCCCCGGGCCCGUCCCUCUCAGCAGGAGUCUGAGCGCGCAAGGGGGAAACUUUCUGCGCUGUCAAUGACCGGCCAGACCCUCGGGGCUGGGAUUGGUCCAGCUUCGUCCUGCACGCAGAGGAGAGCCAGAGGCACUUUAGUGACUGAGGAUGCCGUCCGGUUAGGGAGCCCCUUGGAGGCACCUGCAGAGACUGACUCCUGAAGAAGGAAAACCGCUUUGCGCCGCGAGCCGCAAGACGGAGCCUGCACCCCGCGCACACAGAGAGGAGAGAUUUAUUUAUUUAAGUUAUAUAUUUAUUGGAAAUGGUAUUUAUUUAAAUUAUUUAUUUGGAAGAUUGUUGAUUUGUGUGUCGGUUCCCCGGAGAGGGGAGCCAGCUUUGACAUUUCUUUGGAAGGAUUUUUUUAAUGAGGAACAAGAUGAUGAUGAUGUGAACCAGAAAACAAAAUAUUAGACGCAGAGCCAGUUUAUUUUGGAAUUGUGUCUAUCUGUCUGUCUGUCUGUCUGUCUGUCUGUCCACACACCCAUUGGUAUAUCUAUCCCUCCAUCCUUUGAAAAGAUGAUGCUCAACUCAGACCAGACGGAAAUCGACGUGCCCCCAUCUCACUCAGAGACAGAGUCGGUCUUUAGCGACUGCGGGGGCCGCGGGGCUGGCGCGGAGGAGGCUAUUUUGGAAUUGUGUCUAUCUGUCUGUCUGUCUGUCUGUCUGUCUGUCCACACACCCAUUGGUAUAUCUAUCCCUCCAUCCUUUGAAAAGAUGAUGCUCAACUCAGACCAGACGGAAAUCGACGUGCCCCCAUCUCACUCAGAGACAGAGUCGGUCUUUAGCGACUGCGGGGGCCGCGGGGCUGGCGCGGAGGAGGCCGCCCACGCCACGCGGGAGCGCAUCCGUGUCGAGGCUUUCAACAUGGCCUUCGCCGAGCUGCGCAAGCUGCUGCCCACCCUGCCCCCCGACAAGAAGCUCUCCAAGAUCGAGAUCCUACGACUGGCCAUCUGCUACAUUUCCUACCUGAACCACGUGCUGGACGUCUGAGCCACUGAACCCAUGUCUGUCUGUCCGUCUGUCUGCUACGUCUCCUCCCAGAACCACGUGCUGGACGUCUGAGCCACCGAGCCCAUGUCUGUCUGUCCGUCUGUCUGCUACGUUUCCUACCUGAACCAUGUGCUGGACAGCACCGAGCCCAUGUCUGUCUGUCUGUCUGUCUGCUAUGUCUCCUAUCUGAGCAGCUGAGCCCACGUCCGUCUGUCUGCUGGGUCUCCUACCUGUACCAUAUGGUGGACGGCACUGAGCCCACAUCUGCCUGUCCAUCUGUCUGCUACAUCUACCUGAACCACGUGCUGGACAUCUGAGCUGCCAAGCCCACGUCUGUCUGUCUGCUGGGUCUUCUACCUGAACCAUGUGCCGGAUGUCUGAGCUGCCGAGCCCACGUCUGCCUGUCCGUCUGUCUGCUACAUCUCCUACUCAAGCCACAUGCUGGACAUUUGAGCUACUAAGCCCACAUCUGUCUGUCCAUAUUUCUCCUCCAUAUCCUUCCACCAACCCCAUCUCUGUCUGUCUGUCCGUGCAGCUACUAUACAUGUUACCUGACAACUUGCUGGAGACUGAGCCACUGAGCCGAGGCCCAUCCGUCCAUGUCUCCGACGUCCCUCCUGGUGGAUUGCUGAGCCACCGAGCUUUCAUCCAUCUGUCUGUCUGAGCCACAGGCCGGACCUCUUGAGCCACCAAGCCCCGUCUGCCCCUCCCCCAUCCAUCUCUCACUGGAACCCCGGGCCGGACGCCUGGCCCACAGCAGCUCUCAGCCCUGGGUUCUCGGCUCCUUCUGCCUGAGCAACAGCCUGGAGCGAGGGCGUCUCAGGCCUUUGUCUGUCGGCUGCAUCGUGCCCAGGGGCGCCGCACGUUGGGCUCCCCCAAGGCCCUGUCUCAAGCAGCUGCUGCAUUUCUGAGCUGAUGCCCGUGGCGGGCCCUGGAUCCAGGCAGACAUGAAGGGGAGUGCGACCUGCUGGGAGGCUGGGAGCCUUUGCACGGCCAGAGGCCCCUGCUUGUCCUGGCCUGGAGAGGAAUACCCAACGUGCCGCUAAGCACAAGGACGGACGACACGGGGCAGCCUCUCCAAGUGAGACAGCAGCAGCUUUCUGCAGGGCCCGGACCCUCGCGGUGGGUGGAAGGUGCCUGGUGAACAGGAAAGAGGUGUUUCCUCGCUCAGACCUGCUCCCGGAAACCUAACCCUUGCCCGUCCUGAGCCCCUCCUUUCCCCAGGCAGGCAGGGAAACUCGCCGCAAGUCAGUCCCCAGGGAUUUCAGUGCGCUGCUGCCACCAAGGCUGGAGCGCAGACUCCCAAGUCAAUGUCCACGUCAGCAUCCCAAAGGUCAGAGUCUGCGCCCGUCGCUGUUCGGAGACUCCAGUCUCCACAUCCUGCGGCUGUUUCUACCCAUGCAAAGCGAGUGUUUUGCACCCACUUUGCACUGGUAGAAGUGACUGUUCAGGGUGGACAGCACAGAAUCAAGCCCAGGGAGCUCAGAAUAGAUGCCCUUAGUGAGAGGGGUCCCGCUAGGGGAAAUGUGGCAACUCUUUACUCAAGCUUCCAGCCCCCACCGACGAUCUCAGAUGACUGGAUCUGUCUGCUGUAAUGAUCGGUGCAUAGUAAAUAAAUACAACUGACCUGUUUGUUGCCAUCAUUAGCCUUCAGAGUCAACACCCUAUUUUGAUGAUGAGAAGUCAUUGAUUUAUAAGGCCUCCAGUCUCCUCUGCUAUGCACCUUGUGUUGUCAUUAACCCCCAGGCAAAGCAGGUAUCAGGUCUUGCCUCCUGCUGGGUUUCCAGGCACCAGGUUUAACCCGUUAGUGGGACACCGUUUAUCACAAAAGAGCUCGGUUUGCACCAUUCUAGUUUAUCUCAGAGCCAACCUGGGCUAAUGUACGGGCUGCGCUGGGCAGCUGCACCUUUCAUGCGACCGCUGAGAUGUAGGCGCAAGCGACGGCUGCAGGGAACGGGAACUGGAUGAGCAAACCCCACAGGCAGCUGUGGAGCGCACAGCCCAGGUGGGCAACCAUGGGGCUGUGUGCCCCCGCAUGCUCCCUGGUGUGAAUCCCGAGCAGAGAAGGCCCCUCCCUCCCCUGCCAGCAAAUGUCCCUCCUUGGAGACCCAGACGCAGCUCUGGGGUUCACCUGGUGCCCUGCACUUCCUUGGAACCCCAACCCCAGUGUCCCAGCUCAGCAAAUCCCCCCCAAUGGCAAAGCCAAGCCUGGGGUAUUGGCAGAGAAGCUGAUUGGCAGACGUUAGAACCAAAGAGAAAUGGUGUUUGGCCAAUGAGAUCGCUGAGUGAGCGAACUGUAAACAAAACACAGAGCCUGCAGCCAAUCAGAAAAGAGCUGGAGCAGACCAAGUAAGCAAGCGUGAACUGUGUGGGUCUGAGCCUGCAAAACCCACCUGUCUAUUGGCCAAGGGUCUGCAGGGUGAGACUCUGUCAUUUAUCCCCAUACACACCUGUCUGUCCAUCUGUCUGUCCCCCUUCACUCGCUCACCUGGCCAGUGUCUCUGUCCGCCUGUCUGUCCCCAGCCACU